UUUCUCGCUACACUGCUAUCCUUCACUCACUGCGUCACGAUGAUCACUCUCAGAGCUGUUGCAGCAAUUGCUGCGUGGAUCAACAUUGCCCAUGCGAUAUGCCCUUACAUGGAGCACGAUGCUCGAGACCUUCCCGCCAACCACCCUCCAGUUCGACGAGAUGGAUACGGCCCUACAGACGACUUCCUAGCGCAGUACGAGAUUGACGACAACGAUGUCUACCUGACCAGCGAUGUCGGUGGCCCCUUCUCAGACCAGAACAGCCUAAGUGCAGGAGAUCGAGGUCCCACUCUCCUUGAGGAUUUCAUCUUCCGUCAAAAAAUCAUGCACUUCGAUCACGAGAGAGUGCCGGAGAGAGCGGUCCAUGCGAGAGGCGCGGGCGCUCACGGCGUCUUUGUCUCCUAUGGUGAUUGGUCUAACAUUACCGGGGCAUCCUUCUUAGGUUCAGAAGGGAAAGAAACUCCUGUCUUCGUGCGAUUCUCUACUGUUGCAGGGAGUCGCGGUUCAGCAGACACUGUGCGUGACGUUCACGGCUUUGCAACCAGAUUCUAUACAGACGAGGGAAAUUUUGACAUCGUCGGAAACAACAUCCCUGUGUUCUUCAUCCAAGAUGCAAUACUGUUCCCGGAUCUCAUUCAUGCUGUCAAGCCAAUGCCAGAUCGCGAGAUUCCUCAAGCCGCUACUGCUCAUGACACAGCGUGGGAUUUCUUCAGCCAGCAGCCAAGUGCCUUGCACACGCUCUUCUGGGCUAUGUCUGGUCAUGGCACAGUGAGGUCAUAUCGACACAUGGACGGCUGGGGUGUCCACACAUUCCGUUUCGUAACCGAUGAAGGCAAGACGAAGCUUGUCAAAUUUCGACUUCGCACGCUGCAAGGGAAAGCUAGUCUUGUGUGGGAGGAGGCGCAGGUCACAUCAGGGAAAAAUGCAGACUUCCACCGUCAGGAUUUAUUCAACAGUAUCGAGAAGGGUCUAUAUCCGGAGUAUGAGUUUGAAGUCCAAAUAAUGGAAGAGGAUGACCAGUUGCGUUUCGGAUUCGACCUCCUGGACCCAACCAAGAUAGUACCAGAGGAGCUCGUCCCUUUCACUCCGCUUGGAAAGCUGACUUUGAAUCGGAACCCAAGGAACUAUUUUGCAGAGACUGAACAGGUCAUGUACCAACCCGGCCAUAUCGUAAGAGGGAUCGACUUCACCGAAGAUCCAUUGCUCCAGGGCCGCAUCUUUUCUUACCUCGAUACCCAAAUUAAUCGUCAUAAUGGCCCUAAUUUUGAACAGCUUCCAAUUAAUCAGCCCCGCAUGCCAUGGCACAACAACAACCGCGACGGAGCUGGCCAAAUGUUCAUUCCGCUAAACACGGCCGCAUACAGUCCCAACACCUUGAACAACGGCUCCCCGCGUCAGGCCAACCAAACGACGGGUAAUGGCUUCUUCACAGCACCUAAUCGUAGCGGAUCAGGCAAGCUUGUGCGCGCAGUGUCAUCCACCUUCGCGGAUGUUUGGUCACAGCCGAGACUAUUCUUCAAUUCUCUACUCCCUGCGGAACAGCAGUUCCUCGUCAACGCCAUGCGGUUUGAGACCUCUCAACUCAAGAGCUCCGUCGUGAAGACCAAUGUGCUUAUUCAAUUGAACCGCGUCAGUCAUGACAUUGCCGUCCGUGUGGCGACCGCUCUUGGCCUCGCAGCUCCAGCCGAGGAUCCAACGUAUUAUCAUGACAACACAACGAACGGAGUCUCUGUAGCCAAGGAUCCUCUCCUCACGGUCGACGGCUUGAAGGUCGGAUACCUAACAUCUAAUUCUAUAUCAACUGCCAAUACCAGCAUGGCUUCGCUGAAAUCCGCACUUAAGGCUAUGAAUGUCGAUCUUGUCGUUGUUGCAGAGAGUCUCACAGAAGGAAUCGAUCAGACAUACUCCGCAACCGACGCCUCAAACUUCGAUGCCAUCGUUAUCGGUGAAGGCACUGCCUCGCUCUUCGCUCCACCACCUAGUCUUGCCAACAUAAACUCGACGACUCUAACAUAUGGGAAUGCGUCAGCAAACGUCCUAUCGACACUGUACCCUGCUGGGCGCCCACUCCAGAUCCUUGAGAGCGGAUACAGGUGGGGUAAGCCUGUUGGUGCCGUAGGCUCGGGCAAGGAGGCCUUCGGUAACGCGGGGAUUGAAGCGGGGACGCCGGGUGUUUAUGCAGUUGGCGAUGCUAGCACCCUUGCGAAUAGCCUGGAAGCAGGUCUGAAGACGUUCAAGUUCCUGGACAGGUUUCCGAUGGACUCGUGAUUUAAGGUUGGGUCUACGAUAGUUGUUCUAUUGAACAAGUGUAGUGUGGUUGUGAUUUUCAACGAGAUUUUCAAAGGUUAAUUCAGAAGCCCAAAAUUGCGCAAAGUAUAUCGAAACUAGAUAACAGGAGGCUUGAAACCUCAAUAUAACCGUCAGAAUUAAUAAAAAAACCCGGGAUUCUCACAGCG